AUGGCGUCCGCUCCGCUCGACGAGCCACCAAAACUCCGCUGCGAAUCUCCCUCGCCCGAUAGCUCGCCAACUCCAGCCCUUCAUGCCCGGCCCGAGCUAUCUCGCUGCCUAUCUAUCGCUUCUUCCGCCUCACACGGUUCAGCAACCACCGACGCCAGCCAUAUGCGUGAAUCGCUUGGCAGUGAUAUCUCGGCUUUCUCGCGCCACUCCUCGGGCAGUUACCAAUCUUCGCGUCGGUCCGACAUCAGCAAUGCCAGCUUUGGGCCCCCCCUCAUGCCGUUGUCCCGUCAGUCCACGGGCAGUUUUGAUACUAGGUCCGUUUCCGGUUUGAGUCGACGGAGGGGCUACAUGCGCCCUCAGGCGACCGAUUUCGCCGCCAGCGCGAGAUCGAGGGAGAGCGUAUUGAGUUUGGGAAGCAUCGCGCAUCUGCAGUAUUACUUCGCAAGAACAGGUUUACUGGAUGGUAAGGGGGGACAGCUGGCCAGGAAAAGGAAACAAAAGGCCCAAACUUUGGACCUAUCGGCUCUGGAUACCUCAUCCUUCCUCAACCCAAGGCUUAGCGGCAGUGAUGUCGAUUCCAGCUACGCAUCAAUGGGGAGCAGCCCAGAUCUCGCUGCCUCUUCGCUGGGCGGUGGGUUCGCCGCUGGGGCGGCCGGUGUCGGUGCGGGGCCGAUCGUAGAAUCGCCUAUCGAGGAGCACCAAGAGGACGAAGAGAACUACUACGACGACUUCGAGGAGCCAGAUCCGCACAUGCUACCCCCGACAGCAAGCACAUAUAACUACAGAGAAAAACCUCUGCCUAGGCCGCCGUCCAUCGUCGAACUCAAGGCCGACCUGACUAGCACGUUAACUGCCGCCUCCGAGGCACUGACUAAGGCCAAGGAGGUCAAACCACCCGAGUCUACGCCUACCUCUACACCGACCUCGUCCCCAUCGCAUGCUCGCCAGCCCUCCAACCCCCACGGCACUGCGCGGUCCCCUCCCGGCUGGCACGAGAUCCAAGGGAUGCAUAUCCUCGACGUCAUGACGCUCGCCAUCCGCGCCGCCAAGGUCUACUACACUGCCCAUGAGCAGCCGGACCGGCUCGACGCUAUCAAGUCCGAGAAACAGCUGAGGUCCGAACUGCUGACCGUCAUGGACGUACUGAAACGGAUGGCUACGCGGGGCUUCGUAGGCGGCAUGCGCGACGACGAGUUCGCCGCCAUGGACGGCUGGACCGCGUCCGUGCGGAGAAUGCUCGCUGAUGAAGAGGAGAUGGAAGCCGCUGAGGCGGCGGAGAGGCAGUCGUGGACAUGGCUGCAGGACGAAGGGUGGGAGGGAAGACAGUUCGAGAGGGAGUACGCCUUCAUGGAGUCCAUGCUAGCCGGGGGCGGCCCCAUCGUCAGCAGCGCCGGCGGCCUCCCCAGCCCGGGCCUCAGCAGUCCCAUCGACCCUGCCCAGGAGCCCAGCUUCCCAACGACAGCAGCACCCUCCCCCACGGCUGCCAUCGCCACCGAACCCCUACCCCGCUGGACGCCCAUCGACCGCAGCCGGCCGGCGUCGGAGCAGGAGCUGCCGACGCCCUUCCUGGAGGCGCUGCGCAGCGGCGUCCGGCUCGUGCACCUGCACAACUGCGCGGUGCGGCGGUCGCGGCGGCGCUUCGGGGCCAUCCCGACGUUCCACACGGACACGCAGAAGCCGUACCGCGCGGCCGACAACCUGCGCUACUGGGCCAAGGCGGCCGAGCUGCGCUGGGAGGUGCUGCUGCGUCUCGACGCCCUCGCCGUCGUCAACGGCACCCCGCCCGAGGCCUGGCUUGAGUUUGAGGACGCCAUCCUCGCCUGGUGCCGCAGGGUCCGCGAGGAGAUCACCGCCGAUGUCCGGGCCGGCUGA